UUUGUGAAAAGAUGAAUGUCAGUAUGAGUUCAGUUCUGUCUGCCGUUCGUAAUUUCAGCUUAAGACGUCAGAGUGAUAUAGUUGCAGAUCAGGCCAGAUUAGAAACUGUAUCAAAUUUAUUCGAUUGUCUUCUUGAUUCAGAGAAUGGCACUACCGACAUUAACGCCUUGGGAAGGAGAAUCAGAGUCUAUAUGAGCGUUACCUUCCUAAAAAUUGGGGAAAUUGAUACUUUGAAAGAGCAAUACGAAGCAGAUGUUUUAAUUAAAUCUCGAUGGAGAGAACCCACCUUAGAUAAAAAGUCUUCAACAGAGAAUAAUUCAACUAUAGAUUGGAGAAAGUUUUGGAAUCCCAAGUUAUUCAUUGAAAAUACUAUUGGUGACCCACGUGAAUUUAUUUAUAGAAAUGUUAAAUACGAUGGGGAUGGGAGGGCAACUGUUAUUGAAAAGAAGAGAGUAAAAGGAACGUUUCUAGAGAAUUUAGAAUUAGAACAUUUUCCCUUUGACGUUCAGGAUUUAACUGUUAAUGUUAUGUCCGAGAGGGAAGUAGAUGAAAUUGAGUUGGUUGAUGACGAAUACGAUUUUCAUUCAGUUAAUGGCCAGAGUUUUGUUGAUGAACAGGAGUGGAGAUUGUAUAAGCACAUUGAAACUGAACACAAAGAAGUUCACUCAGAAUUUUCUGAACAAUCCGUUAAGAGGAGUGCAGUAUUUAUAAAGUGCAGAGCAGCAAGACGUCCAGCCUAUUUUUUCUGGAAUAUAUUUCUAAUAACAUUUAUCAUCUGCACACUAUCUUUCACCACCUUUUCCGUUCAAAGAGACUUGCCACAGAAUAGACUCCAAUUAAGCUUUACAUUAGUAUUAACAUCAGUAGCAUUCAAAUUUGUCGUUAAUCAAAGUUUACCGAAAAUAUCCUAUCUAACUUAUUUGGAUAAAUAUGUGCUAGCAGCGAUGAUUUUACUGUCGAGCGUUUGCGGUUGGCACGCUCUAACACCAUAUAUUAAAGUACCAAAAUAUUGGGAGAGUCGCUUAGAAAUCAUAGCUGUGGUUCUCUUUGCCGGAAGUUAUUUAGGUUAUAAUAUUUUUUUUAUAACUAUGAUAUUUGUACAGCCAGGAAGUAAACGUAGAGAAAUGUCACGAAAAGAAAGAGAAUAUAUGACUAAACUGCAAACUCGAACAAGUAAAUUGAUAGAACUGAAAACUAGUGAAUAUACAACAACAGUUUAAAAAGUUCGUAAUUAAAUAAACAAGUACAUCUUUUUGUAAAUAGCACAUAAAUAUAUGAAAGUGUAAAACUGGUACACUUUCUCUUUUUUUCAUUCAUAUAAUUCUUAUAUUUCUUGUUUUUAUAAAAAAAAUGAAUAAAUUAAAUAAAU